UUUUCUUUAAUUUUCUUACUAGUGCGUCCAAAAAAAAUUAUUGUGUUCAAUUUAUUUCUAACAUUUUAAAUGUAAGAUUUAUGCAUUAUUGUAUAGCUGUAAUUAUUACACAUAUAUCGUGACAUGUGGGGGAAUUAUGUUAAAUGACCAAUGCUUAAAAAAGUUGGAAGUACCGUUUUUACAUGCUUUAAAUAUUUUUGUGUCGCUCAUUGUAUAACAGAACAUGUAGGAGAUGUAUUUUUGUGUUCAGGUAAUUCCAUGGAGCCAUCAAUACAAUCUGGUGACUUAGUAAUUAUUCGUCGGUUUUCAAAAGUUUUCAAUGAUAUUGAUAAAGGAGAUUUAGUAGUUUCCAAGUCUCCUGACGAACAUAAACGAUUCAUUUUGAAAAGAGUAAAAGCUGUUGAUGGACAAGUAGUUAGAAGAGGCGUACAUUUUGUAACAGUUCCAAGAGGAUCAGUAUGGUUGGAAGGUGACAAUCAAGCAACUUCAAGUGAUUCUUGGGAUUUUGGCCCUGUGCCAAAAGGAUUAAUACAGGGUCGAGUUAUUUGUCGAAUUUGGCCUCUAACUGACUUUACAACAUUUUAAUAAAAUUAACAUAGUAAAUUGUAGCAAGAAAAUGUGUAAUAAAUUGUUAUGGAUAGUUGAA